UAUAAUAAAUAUACAUGGGUUGUAUCUACAUCCAUCUUUCUUGUUGUGGGGUGUUUGGGGACUACUUUUUCAUUGGUGGGUUCACCAACCCAACCUUCAAAGAUUUUGGGAUAUCUCUUGUUCUAUAAAGACUUUUUUAAUGUGGGUUGUGACUUGUGAGUGAACAUUUUCUAUAUAUCUAUAUGUUUAUACUGUAAGAGCUGAAGAUGUUGAGGAAUUAAUGGAGAGUGAAUAAGAAUCAAGAUUUCAGUUACUUCAGCUCUGCCUCAAUCCACAAACAAAACCAUUCUCCCCUCAAAACUUCUCUCAGGUUUUCUCUCUCCUCCUUGGGAUGUUUAGGGCCAUAAUAUCGGUGCUGUUGAUUGGGUUUCUAGGCUGGGCAUUUCAAACCACCCGCCCUCCGCCACCCAAUAUUUGUGGCUCCCUGGGCGGCCCACCCAUCACGGCACCUAGAAUAAAACUUAGGGAUGGAAGGCAUUUGGCCUAUCAAGAGAACGGUGUCUCAAAAGAAAUGGCCAAAUAUAAGCUCGUCUUCAUUCAUGGAUUUGGCUCUGGUAGAUAUGAUGCAACAAUUUUAACACCGGAAAUAGCUGAAGAACUAGGGGUGUAUCUUGUGACUUUUGAUAAACCAGGAUAUGGAGAAAGUGAUCCAGAUCCAAAGCGAACCAUGAAAAGUAUGGCUUUUGAUAUAGAAGAGCUCGCUGAUCAGUUGGGACUUGGUUCCAAAUUUUAUGUGAUUGGGUAUUCCAUGGGAGGACAGGCGGUUUGGAGUUGCCUGAAGUAUAUCCCUCACAGACAAAUGUAAAGCAACAAGGAGAAUUUGAGUCCAUCCACCGGGACAUGAUGGUUGGAUUUGGGAGCUGGGAAUUUGAUCCUAUGGAUCUCCAGAAACCAUUCCUUGACAACGAAGGUUCUGUACAUUUAUGGCAAGGCGAUGAUGACGGGCUUGUACCUGUUACCCUUCAACGUUACAUUGCCGGAAGGCUUUCAUGGAUUCAAUACCAUGAGGUUCCGGGAGGUGGGCACUUGUUUCUUUAUGCAGAUGGAGUCAGAGAGGCCAUCUUCAAAACACUCUUACUUGGGGAGAAGUAGAGCCCUUAGUGCAGACAAUUUCCCAAACACUCUCACUCUCACUCUCUUUUUCAUUCUCUCUCAUUUUGUAUAUUUUCUUUGUGCUGGAGGUAAAAGUUUGCAGAAUCCAUAUGAGCAGGAAAGUUGUAGCAAGACAUUGUUGACAUGCAUGUUGAUUUAAGGAUGUGAUAAUUAGACAUUAUUUUUUAGGAAUUACUGAUUUUGCAAGUCCUUGUGAAGUGAAUUAUAAGUUGCCAUAUCAUAGUUAUGAUUUUGUUUGUUUUUA